UUUGGUUGCCGACAAAAAGUUAAAAACUGAGUUUUCGCUUGGUGCAACUGGUGAGUUUAUAAUGGAGUUCAGAGUCUCUGGUUUGGGAGAUGAGUGGUACAGUGACAGUGAGGAUGAAGAGGGACAUGGAGGUGCUAAGGAGUCCAUUUUUAGUGGCGGCGGUGGUGGCGCUGCUUCCUAUAUGGGGUAUGGCCGCCGCAGAACAACAGCACCACCACCAAGGUAAAGGUGGGGAGAAGAAGCUGCGGUUUGGGACAGAUGGGCAGUUUAAGAUUCUGCAAGUGGCGGAUAUGCACUAUGCCGAUGGCAAGACCACGCCCUGUUUGGAUGUGCUGCCGUCCCAGUUUCCAACUUGCUCUGACCUCAACACCACCGCCUUUGUCCUCCGCAUGAUCGAGGCGGAGAAGCCGAAUCUCAUCGUCUUCACCGGAGAUAACAUAUUCGGGUUUGAUGCCACGAAUGGUGCUAAAUCUUUGAACGAGGCAUACGCCCCAGCAAUCGCGUCCAACAUCCCGUGGGCAGCUGUGCUGGGGAACCAUGAUCAGGAAUCCGACCUCUCGAGGGAAGGGGUAAUGAAACACAUAGUUGGGUUGAAGAACACUCUGGCUCAAGUUAAUCCUUUAGACAAAGAUGUUAUUGAUGGUUUUGGGAACUAUAACCUGGAGGUCGCCGGAGUUGAGGGCUCUGGUUUUGAAAACAAAUCGGUUCUCAAUCUUUACUUCCUUGACAGCGGAGAUUACUCCACGGUUCCCUCCAUCGGUGGUUAUGGUUGGAUCAAACCCUCCCAACAAUAUUUUGAACAAACUUCUGCAAAGCUUCAGAAAGCAUACAUAAGCAAGCCACUGCCCCAGAAAGCACCUGCGCCAGGGCUCGCAUACUUUCACAUACCAUUGCCGGAAUUUGCUAGUUUUGACUCAUCAAACUUUACCGGAGUGAGGCAAGAAGACAUCAGCUCUGCUUCUGUGAACUCGGGCUUCUUCACAACCAUGGUUGCAGCUGGAGAUGUCAAGGCAGUGUUCACAGGUCACGAUCACCUCAAUGACUUCUGCGGGGAGCUAACUGGCAUAAACCUUUGUUAUGCUGGGGGAUUUGGAUACCAUGCUUAUGGGAAGGCUGGAUGGGAUCGGAGAGCAAGGGUUGUGGUAGCAAACUUAGAGAAAACGCAAAAGGGAGGAUGGGGAGCGGUCAAGUCAAUCAAAACAUGGAAGCGCCUUGAUGACGAGCACCUCACUGCUAUUGAUGGUCAGGCUCUUUGGAGCAAGAGCUCUGUAGGUAUUCGUAGAAAACCUGUUGGCGGUAAUUGAGUAACGAGCACAAGCCAGAAAGUAUGUAGGGAGAGUUCAUAGGCAAGAAACUAGGCAUAAGAAAGUUGUUGAAAUCCCGGCGAGGAAAUUGUCAUUUGUUUCUUUGUAAUUUAAAAGACAAUAAAUAAAAUCUAUCAAAAAAGGGAGUAAUGUAAAGUUUGUAUGCUAUGUAAGUGCAUUCUGAAAUAUGGUAAGCAGGACCCAGACAAAUGAUGUAACAUGGUUGAUUGUCAUUAUACUAUAGACUGGUUAUCUACAAUUGGUGAC